GUUGAUAGAGGGCGCUGUACUGCCCGUCCCGAAACACCCGAUCACGUGCCCGAUGUAUUAUUUGGUAUUUAAGAAGAAAUUACUAAUUUUUCCAAGUUGGACAAGUUUUCCAUUACCAUAGCAACGAGGCUGCAACAAGAUGACGACUUUCAGAAGCAAGUUUCCUGAUGUCUCCUUUCCCAGCAUGUCUGUGGAUGAAUUUGUCAUGGAGCACUUUGAUCGCUAUGGAGACCGAGUUGCCAUGGUUGAUGGCAUAAAAGGACACGAAUACACUUACCGUCAAAUUAAACUCCUGGUGAGAAAGGUCCGUUUCGGCCUGGCUUCCAUGGGCUUCAAAGCUGGGGACGUGUUUGCAAUCUUCAGCCCCAACUGUCCGGAGUUUGGAAUCGUCAUGUUGGGCGUGCUCAGUGCUGGGGGCAUCGUUACGACGAUGAAUCCCAUGUUUACUGUAGACGAGCUGGUUUAUCAACUGAAAAACUCGGAGGCUAAGUAUCUCAUUACAGUUCCAGCGUUUGCCGAUAAGGUGUUCAAGGCGCAGACGAAAUUGCCAAGCUUGAAAGAAGUGUUUGUCUUUGGCGAGCAUCCGGGCUGCACCUCCUACCUGUCGCUCAUUAACAACAACGGGCAGAGUCUCCCGAGGUCAAAGGUUGACCCUGAUGAGGUUGUUGUGCUCCCUUACUCCAGUGGGACCACGGGGCUGCCAAAAGGGGUCAUGCUGACCCACAGAAACAUGAUCAGCAACACGUACCAGCGAAGCAGCGAGCACAUCAUCAAGAUCAUUCCGGGAGAAUGUUACUUGGCCCUGCUGCCGUUUUUCCACAUCUACGGACUGAGCAUCUGCCUCUUGCAGUGUCUUUGGCUCGGAGUUAAGAUUGUCACCCUCCCAAACUUCCAGCCGGAGACCUUCUUACGUAGCAUACAGGACUACAAGGUCACCGCACUGAUGUUGGUACCUCCCUUAAUGCUCUUCCUAGCCAAGUCACCCCUAGUGGAUCGGUACGACCUGUCCUCAGUCCAAUUCAUAAUAUCCGGCGCGGCUCCACUCGGCCAGGAACUGAUAGAAUCCAUUGCCGCUAGACUAGGAGUGAAAUGCAUCAGCCAGGGUUAUGGCUUAACUGAAACUUCUUGUGCCGCUACCAUCACGCCUCAGAAUGACAUCAACUAUGGAUCGGUAGGAUUGCUUCUGCCUAACACGGAGAUGAAGGUUGUUGAUGUUACAUCAGGGAAGCUACUCGGCCCAGAACAAGACGGGGAGAUAUGGGUGAAGGGACCUCAGAUCAUGAAGGGAUACCUCAAGAACCCAGAGGCCACGGCACAGUGCAUCGACAAAGAUGGCUUCUUCCACACAGGUGAUAUCGGUCAUAUCGACAAGGACGGCUACACGCAUAUUGUUGAUCGACUCAAAGAACUCAUCAAGUACAAAGGACAUCAAGUCCCCCCGGCAGAGCUAGAGGCAUUACUCCUGACACAUCCUGAGGUGUUGGACGCGGCGGUGAUCGGCGUGCCUGACCAGGCAGCGGGUGAGCUGCCUAGGGCUUUCGUUGUCCGCAAGACCAGGGGACUGACCACUGAGGUGGUCAAGAAAUACGUAUCCGACAAUGCCGCACCUUACAAGCGGCUUCGCGGUGGCGUCAUUUUCCUGGAUCAGAUUCCCAAGUCGGCAAGCGGCAAGAUACUGAGACGUGAGCUGAGAAAGACUCUGAAAUCCUCCCUCUGAUUCACAGACCUGCAGUAAUCCUGUGACGCCCCAGACUAGAACGCAGUCCCAACUUAAGUGUUCCAGUUGGAAGGUUAAUAGUUGGGACGGUUCAAGCUGAAGUUGGGACCGAUGAUCUAGUUGGGCGGAACAAUCCCAUCAACCCAUACAACUCAGGGGUCAAUUAUAUAAUAUUGGAUGGCUUUAAGGUGGAUACAAGAAUAUAUUGCACGAGCUGUGAAUAUUGUCAUAGGGAGUGCAGUAUAUUAUUGUAUCCUUGGAAAAAAAAGCCAUCUUAUAGUUGUUUUAUUAUUUAAAUCAUGCUGACUUGAUUCGCAAGAAAUACAAUUCAAGACGCUGUCUUCAUAUCUCUUAUUUCGUCAAACUAUUUGAAGCUGCCAUUGUGAUUAUUGGCAUCAGUGCGCGCAUACCUGGACUGCUGUGCGCUGCGUGGGCGUCCGCGUUCGAAGAUACCGCGUGCUACGUACGCUCUGUUGACUGGUUGACAGCUGUGAGUUUCUACGCUCUUGAUCGAGCGGGAACCAGCGAUAAUGCCUGGAUGAGGACUCGCCGCGGAGAAUAUCAAAAGUAAUAUUGCCCGCAAUCCGGGUACUUUUACUGACAAUAUUGCGGUCAUCCAGGUACGUUUUAUAAAAGCAUACAAUACGCCAAUUUAUUUUUACUGCUGGAAGCCCGAUAUAUAUAAUAAUUACAAAUAACUGGGGAAGCACAUACAGUACUUGCUAAGCAAGGACAUGUUACCAGCCAAAAUGUCGUGCAGUGUCUAUUCCAUAUGACUGGUACCCUGCUUUCCUGCUUACUACAUCAAUUUGGGAAGCAAUAUUUUUUGUUCAGCAGUUCCUUGAAAUUGAGCCCAGAUCAGAUUUUUUUUUUGGUAUAAAUCUGGUAUUAUACAACCUGUAAAACACGCCAAAAAAGGAAUUUAAUUUCCUAUUGAAAUAUUAAGAUUUAAAUUUUAGUUCUAUUUAGCAAGUAUUGACUUUCCAACUAAGUUGUAUUUUUAUAAUAACAUCAAUGUUUUAAUUUUUUUUUAAAUAAUUCAUAUUUACACACAAAAAAUGUAUAUGAAUGAAAGUUUUAAAAUGUUCUUCAUUUUCUUAUGUGAAAAUGGUAUUCUUCAUUUGAAUUACAUGUAAAACUGCGCAGAAUAAUGUUGAAUUGAGCACAGUAAGGGUUUAUGAAUUGAAAUUUCUAAAAGUUUGAGAUAUCAAUGUGUGCUCAUGUAUUUCAAUGAAUCAAAUAUGAAUAACUCUUCGUGAUAACGGUUUGCUCAUGUAUUUCAAUGAAUCAAAUAUGAAUAAUUCUUCGUGAUAACGUGAUGGUAAAAAGAGGACUUCAUUUUCAAAGGCACAUCGGUGGUUGCAUAAACCUGAAGAUUAUGAUCUUCCAUUAAUGUUUUUGGAACAAAAUAUCCAAUACUUGAAGAUUUGAUGCAUUCACCAAACGGACACAACAUCAAAUUUCUGAUUCAAACAUUCACACUAUUGCGCUCAUUGCUGUUUAUUUAUUCUUGUAAAUUUUUCAAACGCAAGAAUACAAUUCAAACAUACAACAUAAACUUCCAAAAAUCUUUUUCCAAAUAUCUAGCAUUCUUUUUAAAGAACCAUCCUCUUGUUAAAGCUCAUUAAGAUAUAUAUAUGAAGCUAACUGAAAAGUAAAAUCAACCAAAGCUAAAAUGAAAGGAAUAUAUUUUUGCUAAAUGAUCACAUCAACCCAAUGGCACAUGUAUUACGUUGUUUUUAAAUCACUGAAAAAAAAAACAAUAGGGCGGUUUCGGGUGCAGAGUAAAAUGUCAAGGACACUUUAAGGUUUUUUAUAUAAACAAGUAUCAAGACGAUGAACUUGACCUAAACCAACUUACCAAGUAUAUAAUUACUACCAAAGAUUGUUUAGAAGACGUCUUACACAUCAUUCAAUAAUGCAAACAAAAUUCGCAAGUUCCAUAUAUCAGCAACACUGUGCAUGGCACGUAUUAACAAAAAUAUUAAGUGGGGGCAUUGUUACAUUAUGCUUUAGAAACCAAAUCAAAUCCAGUUAUUUAAAUUCGGUAAAUACUACUUGACUUAAAAUCCUGCCAACAAGCAUAAACAAUUUAAAUAUAUUCAAGCAUUCAUAAUAAAAUUUUAUUCCGAUGCUCAACAUAAAUAAACACGUGCUAUUGUGUGCUACUGGAUAUAACAAAAAAAAAUUAUGAAUAUCAAGCAGCUAUUUUCUGACAACUGUUUUUCUCUGCAAAAAUCAAAUAUUUUUAAAAAUUCAGCUGCGGUAUGUCUUCCCACGAAAAACAAUAAAUCUGUACUGUUGGGUUUCUUAUGGAAGUUUCGGUAGCUACGUUUCUCUGGUCAUUUCAAUUUGGCCACGUUUAAAACAACGAUGCAUGUCAUUUCCAUAUUAAAGCACAGUAUAAUCGCCAAAAAACGUAAUGAACAGCACAUCAUUUUUUAUGUACAGCGUUUACCGUUACCAAAUUAAACCCCAGCAAUUAUUCUUCAAAAUACCGACAAGCAACAAGAUUUUUUCCCCCAAGUCAGAUCGAGUCCCUUCUGCCGCUAAUUCUCAAUAUAUUUUAACUUCUGAAGAAAUACAACUGACCAAUUUAAAACCCAGGCUCAGUGGUGUUUUAACUUUCAGAUUCACUUUUUAAAGGCAAAAGAAAAUUGUUUAGGUAAUUGUAUAACGUGCGUAAUAACUUUUUACAACAGCAAAAUGGUAAUACACUAGAUAGUUAUAAGAUUAAUGCUUUGGUUAUAGCUCCAAAAGUGGGAACAAAAUUGGUGACAGUGCAUCACUAGAGUGAGAACUCACCUGCUCUGUGAGAAUAGAUACGAAAAGUUUAACACCAUAGAAAAGUUAGCAUGAUGAAAAUAUCCUGUCUCUCUAACUACCUCUGCUGAUUCUGUGAAAUAACUCAAAACCUUGUUCAGAUAUGAAAGUCUUUCCUUUUGUGAGUUAGCAUGUUACGCUCACUGAGUAAAAUACAUGUAAUUUUUUACCAGGGUGAGUGAAAAAUCAUAUUGGAAUUUGGAGGAUUCGGGACUGAUAGGAUUAAAAGGAAUAUUCAACAUUUGCCAACAUCAAAAAAACAAAACUACCAAAUUAUUGCGAAAUAAUUUAUUGGACUGGUAGUGGAUGACAUUCUGAAGCAUCCUGCAAAAUCAUGGCACCUGGUGUGCUGACAUUUUCA